GAUUAAGUACGUGUCAAGCAGACUUUGUGACAUACGUAGCGCUUUCCAACAAACAUGAGUCCGCCAUGGUUAUGAUGGGUGCCUAGGAUAGUCUGUCUAGUCCCAAAAUUUAGUUGCUAAACCAUGUUGGCGCCCCUUCUUUGUAAUAGUCCGUCACUAGCAAUAUCCUCCGCAGCCACGGCUUCCUCGCUGUCUCUCCCUUCCGUCAUCCAACCAGGUUCCAUGGCAGCUCCCCUGGAAACAGAGUUUAGCUCUCCAUUGCGUGAACGGUGCUGCUUACCAGCCAAGUCGUCGUCGUCAAUCCAUGCGUACAAGAACUCCAGAAUUCAAACCGCCAUGACGACGCCGCCCACGAUGUUUCCCAGCGUGACUGGUAUCACAGGUCGGGAAAUGAAGUCGCCCUCGCCGAGAUCGGUUUGGUAGAAUAGAAUAUGUCAAUGGGACGAGAAAGAAGUUUGCGAUAGAGUAUUAGUAUUCAUGGCAGAUGUUGGAGGUUUAGAAAUUAGCUCUUGCAUAUUUUGUUCGAUUAGUAUAAACAAAAUCGUAUGAAUCCUCCAUUGGUACA